AAAGAGCAUCUUCCAUUUUUCUUUCUUAGAAUUUCCGAAUCCGACCCCACCCACCCCAUUUUCUUAUUAUUUUUUCUCAUAAUAAUUUCUCAACGUUCUCUUUCGCUUCAUCGAAACGCGCUUUUGCUCCAAUACUAGUGCAACACGCACUUACUUCCACUUUUUCUCCACCACCACCAUCACCACCGUCUAUAAUUCCAUUUUUUAUUGAUCAACCACCGUAACAGAAUAACAAUGGAAUCAGAGAAACCAACCUUUACAACUCUCAUUCUCGGAUCAUACAAAAAACCUUCAUUCUCAAUCUUACUUCUCUUCUUCACCUUCCUCGCAAUCCUCUCUCUUCAAUUUUCAACUCGCUCUCUUUUCCCUCUUUCAAUCCUCAUUUCUCAACAACAACAAAAAUCUUCCCUCGAUCCCACCACCUGCUCCGCUUUUUUUCACGAUGUUCCUCCCAGAAAAGUCAUCAUGUCCAUCGUUGAUUUCGGUGGCGUUGGCGAUGGUAAAACCUCCAAUACGCAGUCGUUUCAAAGAGCGAUUCGGUACAUGCAACGCUUUCAAAAUAAAGGUGGAUCACAGCUUAAUAUCCCCGCUGGAACGUGGCUUACCGGUAGUUUUAAUCUCACCAGUGAUUUCACGCUUUUUCUUCAUCAUGGUGCUGUUCUUCUCGGUUCUCAGGAUCCAAAAGAAUGGCCUAUUAUUGAACCUUUGCCAUCUUAUGGAAGGGGAAGAGAGAGAUUAGGAGGAAGACACAUUAGCCUUAUACAUGGAAACGGUGUACGUAAUGUUGUUAUCACAGGAGAAAAUGGGACAGUUGAUGGUCAAGGGAAGAUGUGGUGGGAACUUUGGUGGAACAGAACACUGGAGCACACAAGAGGCCACCUCCUUGAACUUAUGAACUCAGAAAAUGUUCUUGUUUCAAACCUUACUUUUAGAAAUUCUCCUUUUUGGACCAUCCACCCUGUUUACUGCAGUAAUGUUGUGAUCAAAGGGAUGACAAUCUUGGCUCCUCUCAAUGCCCCAAAUACGGAUGGCAUAGAUCCAGACUCGAGUACCAACGUGUGUAUUGAAGAUAAUUACAUAGAAAGUGGGGAUGAUCUCGUAGCCAUCAAGAGUGGUUGGGAUCAAUAUGGAAUCACCAUGGCUAAGCCCAGCACAAACAUCAUAGUGAGGAGAGUUUCAGGGACUACCCCAACUUGCUCUGGAGUAGGAAUAGGCAGUGAAAUGUCUGGUGGAAUUUCAAAUAUUAUAAUCGAGAAUUUGCACGUGUGGAAUUCUGCAGCCGGCGUUCGCAUAAAAUCUGAUAAUGGCAGAGGCGGGUAUAUAAAAAAUGUGAGUAUAAGCAAUAUAAGAAUGGAGAGAGUGAAGAUACCCAUUAGGUUCAGUAGAGGUUCGAAUGACCAUCCUGAUGAUGGGUGGGAUCCAAAAGCCGUUCCUAGAUUUGAAGAUAUUUUAAUAAGCAAUGUGGUCAGUGUAAAUUCAACAAAAUCUGCAGUUUUGGAAGGUGUGGAGGGUUCAUCAUUUGAAGGCUUGUGCUUCAAGAAUAUUACUCUUCUUGGUGUAGCCUUAUCUGCAACAUGGCAUUGUGAAUAUGUCGCUGGUUUUGCCAAUGGGGUAUUCCCCGUUCCAUGUCCUGAGUUGCAGAACAAUGGCACUUCAUCCUGGUUUUCUCGAGUCCUGCUCAAGCGGAUUAUUUUGCUACGAGUGAAAAAUGAGAUGCUCUCUCUCUCAUCCUGGUUGGUGCCAGCAGUGAACUCCAAGACUGUCAUAACUUGUAUUUAUUGCAACCCCAAAACACUCAUCUGCAAAGACUUGUUACCAAUAGUCAAAACCUUAAAAAAUGGUAUAUUUAUGUAUUGACAAAAUCUGAGCAUCAAGAUGAAUAUGAAAUUACAUUCUUUAUUGUGCUUCAUGUUCCUCAUUGUAGCUUUUAGCAGCAUACAAAUAUGUUUAGCAGACUGUGAUAAUAUACAGGACACAUGCCCCACAUCACCAUCAGAAAAACAUACCACAUCCAUCAAUGGUCUCACCUGCAAUAACCCAGCUGACAAAUCUGCUCAUGAUUUCAAAACCAUGGAAUUAAGCAAAUCUGGUUCAAGAGACAAAUUUGGUUCAUCAAUCAACAUUGUGACAGCUUCAAAGUUCCCUGGCCUCAACACUCUUGGUAUGUCAAUUGGUAGAACAGACAUUGAAGUGGAUGGGAUUGUGAACUUCCAUAAUCAUCCAAGAGCUAGCGAGAUGAUCUUUGUUAAGGAAGGUGUAUUGGAAGUUGGAUUUCUUGAUACACAAAACAAGCUUUUCCAGAAGGCUUUAAAAGAAGGUGAUGUGUUUGUGAUCCCUAAGGGAUUGUUCCAUUUCUUUCUAAAUCGCGGUGUAGAAGUUACAACUGUGUUUUCUGUGUUUAAUAGUCAAAAUCCAGGGUUGGGAUCUCCUACAGCCACACCUUCUGAAUCAGUUGAGAAGAUAAAGAGAAAGCUUAUAUCACUUUCUGAGUCAGAAGUUGAUAGUGUUGAUGAUUUGAGUUUGAUUGUGUCUGAGAUUAUUUACAGUUAGCCAUUUCAGUGUUCUGUAUCAUGGUUUGAUUUGAUUGGGAACUCCCCUUUCAAAAUAUAGUUCUAUUUGUUGCACAAUGUUACUAUUUACAUUGAA